AUGUUGUACACCAAUGCCACUAUCGUCACAGUUGAUGCUUCGCGUCGUAUCAUCACCGAGGGCGCGAUUCGCGUCGUCGGGGAUACCAUCAACGACAUUGGCAAAGCUGAGAAGCUGAAGAUGGUGUAUCCCGACGAUGAGGAAUUUGAUCUCUCCGGUCGGAUCAUUAUCCCCGGAUUGAUUUCAACCCACAUGCAUACAGCACAGACCCUGCUUCGAGGCACUGCCGAUGACCUGGAGCUGGUGUCGUGGUUGUGCGAACGAAUCUGGGUCCUGCAGGGUAACUUCACGGCGGACGACGGAUACGCCGCAGCACGCUUGAGCAUCGGAGAGAUGCUCAAGUCCGGUACGACUUGCUUUUUGGAAAGCAUGUUCGCCGACCGGUACGGAUUUGACGGGCUCUGCCGUGCCGUAGAAGAAAGUGGUAUUCGUGGCUGUCUGGGCAAGAUUGUCAUGGAUAUUGCCAAGUAUGCCCAAGAUGACGCAUGGGCUAUGCACCCUGGUCUCGUUGAAGAUCGCCAGACCUCACUUCUGGGCACCGUCGAGAUGUGGGAGAAGUGGAAUGGCGCGGCCAACGACAGGAUCAGAGUCUGGUUUGGUGCCAGGACACCUGGAGGAGUCUCCGAUGCGUUGUACAGGGAGAUGACAAGCAUUUCCAAGGAGAAGGGCAUCCCCGUUACCAUGCAUUGUGCCGAAGUCAAGGCCGAUCGCGACUUUUUCUCGUCUGUCAAUCAUACACCGAUGUCGUAUUGCGACUCGGUCGGCUUGCUGAGUGACACUACGGUUCUUGUCCAUAUGGUUCACUUGGACGAUUCAGAUAUCAAGCUUCUGUCUGCUUCAGGGACGCAUGUGGCGCACUGCCCAACUUCCAAUGCAAAGCUCGCAUCUGGCAUUUGCCGAGUUCCUGAACUCCAGCAAAGUGGAGUCAACAUCGGGCUGGGUACCGAUGGUGCACCAUGUAACAACACGUGUGAUCUCCUGCAAGAGAUGAAACUCGCCGCGAUUAUCCACAAGGGAAUCUCGCAGGAUCCAACCCUCGUCCCGGCAGAGAGCGUGCUUGAGAUGGCUACCAUAAAUGGGGCCAAGGCGCUCGGCCUAGAUGACCGGAUCGGAAGCCUGGAGAAAGGCAAGAAGGCUGACUUUGUAGCGAUUGACGUUCGUGGUAUUCACACGCAGCCGUGGUUCAACCCCGUCAGUGCGAUUGUGUAUACCGCGACGGGUCGGGAUGUUGAUACCGUUGUAGUGGAUGGCAAGGUCGUGGUCCAAAAUGGCGCCCUGCUGACGAUGAACGAGGAAGAGAUCGUUCAAGAAGCAAAGAAGAGGAGCAAGGAGGUGGUUGAGAGAGCGGGACUGGGUGUGAAGGUUCAGCCUCGUUGGCCCGUCGAGUAA